UAUUACAUCAAGUGAUGAUAAAAUACGAGUAAUUGUAUCAUUAUCGUUGACGAUCGUUUCGAAGUGUUAUGUGCGAGUUGAAUUUCGAUUGAAAAUUCGUUAAAAAAAUUUCAUCAAGAAAAUAUUCGCGUCAAAUUAUACGAGUACAAAAAUGGUAUUUAAUUCCGUUCUAGCAGUUUGUAACUGUACCUCAUCUUCAACACAUUCAGAUCACCAAACUGAUGACUUGGAGAAGCCAUCAUCAUGCGAAAAAAAUGCAACCAAGGACGACUACGACCCUCAUUCUUUCGGUAAAGAACAUUAUCCUUCCUUUUUCUGGGGCACGUUAUUCAACAUGUUUAAAACCAUCAUCGGAACUGGUAUGUUAGCUUUGCCAUUCGCUUUCAAAAGCGUCGGAUACGGCGUCGCAAUCGUCGGUAUCUUUUUAGGAGGACUCAUUUACACUCACGUUUUACAUCUGUUGAUGGAAGUCGAAUACGAACUCUGCAAGAAACUCAAGACGCCUAAUCUGACGUACCUGGGUAUUAUCACAAAUUCUUUCGAGCAAGGACCACGAGGUAUUCGUAAAUUCAUCCCUGUCGCUAAAUUCCUCACAUAUUUCCAUUACGUUUUCAACAAAUGUAUAUCAAAUUCCAUAUACUUGAUCACUAUUGGUGGAAACAUGCAAAUAAUCAUUAAUCAUUACUGCGAUGCUAAUUUAACCAUCGUGUAUGCAAUCAGCGCGGUGAUGGUGGUGAUAAUACCGAUGGCUUUGAUCCGCAAUUUGAAAUUCCUGGCACCUUUAUCGAUAUUGACCAGCAUAUUCUGUAUCAUCAACGUAGUUUUGAUCUUGUCCAUUCCUACAGAUUACGACAGUUCAUCGGAAAUCAAAGCCAUCGCAGAUAUCACUAAGUUCCCUGAUUUCUUCGGCUUGUCUUUGGGAGCAUUCAUGUGCACAAUGAUAGUAGUGCCUUUGAAGAACAACAUGAGGUAUCCGAAGACAUUCACCAGCUCUUUCGGCGUCAUCAACGUCACAUUAUCAGCUGUUGUAGUGAUCUACUGUAUCUUUGGAUGUUUGGGAUACGUGAAAUAUGGCGACAGUCUUCAUGGAAGCAUUCUUUUCAAUUUACCUCCAGAUGGUCUGGUUACACUCGUUGUUCUGAAUCUGUACACGUUUUCUGUUUGUGUCUCUUUUAUAUUAACUUUGUUCACGAUAUUCGAUACAUUAUGGAGUAACUUAUUCGUAAAUCGUAAAAUGAGCCAUCCUAUAAUGGCGGAGUACGCUUUGAGAAUUUUUCUAUGCAUUACUGCUUACUUCCUCGCGGUUAUUUUACCUGAUUUUAAAAUAAUGGCUAGUUUAUCAGGAGUUAUGGCGAUAUUAAUGGAGGAAACCAUGCCCAUCUUUUUGCAUAUUUUGAUGCUAGUCCAAAUUAAACAUAAAACCAUAAGAGUAUAUUUGAGCUUAUUGAAAGAUCUCGUACUUAUUUCUAUAUGUUCGUCAUUAUUUUUCGCAGCUUUAAUCCAAGUUAUUCGAAGUAUUAUUAAGUUUUAUAGCUGAAUUGAAUACAUGUUCUCAAUUUUUUUUUAGAA